AUGGCUGGUUAUUACCGGAAAUUUAUCUUGAGAUACGCUGAAAUAGCUAAACCGUUGUACGAGCUAACUAGCCCCAAAAAUAAGUUCAUCUGGUCAGAAGAACAGAACAAAGCGUUCGAGAAGUUAAAGGAAGCUUUAUCAAAUGCUCCUGUCCUGGGACAACCAAAUAUUGAAAAAGCGCUAGAUAAGAGUCGCCCAUUUGUAAUCUAUACGGAUGCAAGUAGGAUUGGCGUUGGAGCGGUAUUGGCUCAAGAAGGAGAUGACGGGUUUUUACACCCCCUUUUCUUUGCUUCCAAAUCCCUGUCUGCUGCGGAGCGCAAUUAUCAUGUGACAGACCAGGAAGCUUUAGCGCUAGUUUAUAGUCUGAAGAAGUUCCAUUACUUCAUAUUCGGCAUCCAUACAAUAGUGCGCACGGACCAUGCUGCGCUGACAUCGCUGUUUAAACGGGUUCACGUUUCCCCUCGAGUUUUGCGUUGGGCACUAGAAAUACAGCGGUAUGAUCUGACCAUUGAGCACGUAAAAGGAGCGGCAAACUGCGUUGCAGACGCCUUAUCACGUGGUCCAGUAGAUCUCCGAGAUGAGAACCCAUCCAUCUGGGUAGCAGAUGAAAGAGUGGUUUGUGCAGUGCAAGAGCACGAGUGGCUGCAAGAACUACGGGAAGACCCGGACUUCAGUUCUGUAAUUAGCGCCGUGGAAAAUAGGCGAGAGGAGGAAGUAAGACUCCCCAAAUAUAAUCGAAAAUUAAGUACGCUUGAUUUUGUGAUCGAUGGCGGCCAGUUGAAGCUCAUAAGUGAAGACGGAUCGUUCAUUCCUGUGGUGCCAGAGAUCAGGCGACAAGAGCUUUUCAAAGAGGCGCAUUAUGGUGCUCUAGGAGGUCAUUUUCAUGCCCGAAAAAUGUACCAUCAGCUCAAUAAGGUAGCAUUUUGGCCGGGUAUGUAUCGAGAUCUGGUUAGAUGGUGCAGGGAAUGUCAAGUAUGCUUUUUAGCAAACAACAAAAGGCGAAAUGUCCCACCUCUGAAACCGAUAGUUUCUGCAAAACCAUUCGAAAUCGUCGGAAUUGACUUAUUGGAAAUGGGUUUGACUACUCGCGGCAAUCGCUACAUUGUCACCAUUAUAGACCAUUUCACGAAAUACUUAGGAGCAUAUCCUAUACCUGACAAGAAGGCUGAAACGGUAGCUGAAGUGCUUUUUAGUAACUGGAUCUGCGGCUGCGGUAGAUGGCCAGCUACACUCCUUUCGGAUCGUGGAAGCGAGUUUCGAAAAUUCAAUAAUGGAGGCGCUAUGCUCAAUUAUGGGUAUUGA